AUGUCCUCCAGUCCGAAUCCUGGGUCGAAGGCAGCCGGAACGAGCAGUCGACCAACGAGCAAAGAUGGCUCCAAGAAGAACAUUUGGUCCUCUCUAUUAGAUACUGUUGCCAACGGCAAGCGCUUGCCUGAAAAGAACUUGCUAGUGCUAGAUACGUCUGCAGACCCCAGCUUAGCAAAUGACAAGCGGAAAGGUAAAGGGAGAACACCACCAAUCGCCAAUCAGUUUGCGCUUGGAUACACAUAUCGAGAUGUCCUCGAUGCGGAUAAGGAAGAUACUCUGGCCCGUGUCUCGGCCUAUCUGCUUUCGGAGCCUUCUCCGUCAUUUGCACCUCUCCUCAAACCACUCCUGACUCCCAAGUCCGUCCCGGAAACACUAGUUGUUAUCUUGAUGGACUGGUCAGACCCAUGGACAUGGGUUCGACGGCUAAGAGAAUGGACCCGUCUACUGCGCUCUGUGCUCGUUUCGCUUGACGAUGAAACCAAAUUCGUUAUGGAAGAGACUAUGACGGAAUGGCGCGAUCGCAAAAGGGGAAUUGAUCCCAGUUCUGCAGCUGCAGGCGGCAUGUCAAACUCAAGCGGUCCGGUCACAAUACCUCUAGGACCUGGUGAGUGGGAUGAGGGCCUCGGAAUCCCAAUGUGUGUUGUCUGCCAAGGGGCGGAUAAGAUCGAAAAACUGGAGAAAGAUUAUGGAUGGCAUGAAGAGCAGUUCGACUUCGUUCUCCAGUUCCUCAGAACGAUUCUUCUGAAGCACGGCGCAUCGCUCAUUUAUACUACCCCAUUUCUUGCAAACUCUCUUCAGGGCCUAGUUCAUUCUUCUCUGGGCAUACACUCUCUUUUGAAAAGAGAAUCAUUAAAACAUAAUGUGAUUGACCGAGACAAGAUCCUGGUGCCAGCUAACUGGGACUCGUGGGGUAAGAUCCGAAUUAUUCGGGAAGGAUUUGACAUGGAAGGAGUAUCGACAGCGUGGUCAAUUGAGAUCCAGGAUCCUCCCGAGUCAAUCUAUCAAUCCACCGACGACAACCAGCAGAGUGAGAACAGCCCAACAGAAGAAGGCACAAGCGCAGUGACCAUGUUCGAACAGACGAUCACCGAUCCCAAACGAGGCGCGGCCAACCCCAAUGGCAACACGACCAAGAUUGAAAUCGAGACCACUGACCUCCAAGACUUCUUCGCUGCCCAAGUGGAGAAACUAGAGGAACUCAAAGCCAAGGAUGAAAAGGAGAAUUCAAAUCAGCCAAUCCCCCAACUAGAGAUGUCUCCCAUGGCCGACGAAGGCAAAGUCAACGAUCACAUCGGCCCUGUACAGUUCAACAUGGGCGGAAUUCAAGUGGACGCCGAUGAUAUGUUGAAAAAGCUUCGGGACCGUGAGGCUAGCCGAACCCUAAAGAAAGAGAGCCCAUAUGCAGGCACCGGCGGCAAUGAUGAGAAAGCCCACAACCAAGCCUUGGCGAACUUCUUCGCUGGCCUCGUCAAGAAACCUGGCCCAAGUCCUCGUGGCAGCCCCUCAGCUUGA